ACAGUCCAGAUACAUCUGCAAUGUCGUGUAGCGGAGCGAGGGUGGAGGGGAGGUCUGAGGAGAUGCUAAAAAAGAAGUACGGGUUGCUUCCCAAGAAGUCUCCAUUGAUGCAGAAGGAAGAGAGGUCGUACUGGGACUCGGCAGAUUGGGCUCUCAACAUUGGGAAAGGCAAAAAGAGUUCACAGGGCACCUCUCAAGGAAGUGCGCAAGGGGAAAAAUCUCCAGCACAAGUCAAAGCUCAGCCUCAAGGCGGAGCUCUGUCUCAAGGCGGAUCUCAAGCUCAAGGUGGAGCUCCUGGGGGGGGAUCGUCUCACCCAGCGGUCCAUAGAUUCAGGUCGUCUUCUUCAGAGACCUUGCGUCCAAAACUGCAGCCGACUCCACAUCAUCCUACUCGAAGACUCUCAUUUGCUGACAAUAUCCGAUUCAAGCCUUGAGAAAUAGCGCGGGGCAACAAUGGCUGGUUGGUUCUUGGUCCGUACCAGUUCCAGAUGGUCCCAAUUUGUCCCCGGAUGGUCCCAGUUUGUCCCAGGAUGGUCCCAGUUUGUCCCAGGAUGAGAAACGGGCAUGCAGCAUCGCUGCCACAUUUGGAACAGAGGUCAGAAAGAACAGAGAGCCCUCUUCUCUCUGUUCCUGGUGGCGUAGAAUCGGGUGGUUGAGGGUUGUUUGCGGCGGUUUGGGCUGGUCUGUACCAGUUCCAGCUGGUCCUACGAUACGGUUCCGUACCAGUUAUCGGUAGUGAGGUGCCCAAAGCACACAGUUUAUGGAUUGUUACGUCCUCUGCUUCUGGUUGGCGGCGAUUGCUGCCACGGCUGGCUUGUUAGAGAUUGCUUCCAGCCCGUGGCAGUGGCGGUUACGAUGGGUUGAUGCCGUUUUUCCGGUGUUUGCGAUCGCACAAGAGGAGUCGUCUGUGACCGUUAAUAUAGUCAUAAUAUGGUAUUCUCUGUACAGGAUGAAUCGGCUUCGUUCUGGGCGUUGCCAGCUCUGUUUUUCAGUUCUCACUUGGCACAGAGUUUUGCGGGCAUUCUUCUGCCGUCAGGCGCAGGUCGGCGGCUUCUUCACGCCUCUUUUCGAAGGGUGCACUGUGCCGUUCUCAUCAUCUCGCAAUUUAUGGAGAUGGCAGUGGUGGGGCUCUGUACAGAGCUAACCGUCCUUGCGCAGGCUUGGAGCUCGCAAACUGAGCAGGUGCUGGUCGCUACAAGCUGAGUAUCGACAGUGCUGGCAGUCGAUGCCAGCAGCAAGCACGUGGGUCCAGGUCGCGGCUUCUUCACGCCUCUUUUGAAAUACCUGAAUACCUGUCUGAUGUCUAGGUGCCAUGAAUGUACUGUACCUGUUGGUUGCUCUUUUUUUUGGAGGAUGAUGAACCUGGAUGCAGGAAGUGGGAGAGAAAGAGAGAGAGAGAGAGAGAGAGAGAGAGAGAGAGAGAGAGAGAGAGAGAGAGAGAGAGAGAGAGAGAGAGAGAGAGAGAGCACAGCAU